UUUUGUCUGCACUCUUAUCUCUCUAUAAGCUCUUAUUAUAAUGGCUGUUGAUGGAAGAUAUAUUUUCAUAGGUUUUGAAGUUCUUAUAGCUAUAGGUUGUUGUCUGGGCAAUCUGCUGGUGAUAUGGGCCGUGUGGAAGAGCGGAGCUCUAAAUCAACCCACCUUCUGUUUGAUCGUAUCACUGGCGAUGGCUGAUUUUUUGGUUGGAUGUGUGGUUGUUCCGCUUUCUGUAGUCGAGGUGCUCAAAGUUGAAAUGCCUUUCCAUGCGUGUCUCUUUAUAAAUUGCGUUCUCAUUGUACCACUUCAAGCCUCAGUGUUUACCCUACUGGCUAUUGCUUUGGAUCGAUACCUAAGAGUUUGUAUUCCCUUUAGGUAUAAGUCUACAGUAACUAAAAGAUGCUCUUGGGUUCUUGCUGCUGUGUGCUGGAUGUUGGCGUGUCUGCUCGGCUUCUUACCAAUGUUUGGAUGGUACAAUCGUGACACUUUGAAACACAACUCCACCUUAAAGUGUGAAUUUAAAGCCGUCAUUCCCCUUUCAUACCUGGUCAACUUUAUUUUCUUUGGUAUCUUUAUGCCUCUGUUGGCCAUUAUGGUUGCUUUGUAUUGUUACAUCUUUUUUAAAGUUAGAUGGCUGAAGGGAAAAACGGGUAUUGCUGAAUCUGGUGCGUAUAACCAUAAGGAACACAAACUGGCCGGAUCACUGGUUUUGGUUUUGGCUCUGUGUGUUGCAUGCUGGCUUCCUUUACACACCAUGCACGCCAUUAAUUUCUAUGGCCGGCGUAUACGAGUGCCUUCUGAUGUCAUUUAUUUUGGUGUCAUAGUAUCUCAUGCUAACUCACUGAUCAAUCCUGUUGUAUAUGCCCUGAGGAUACCUAAGAUUAAGGCGGAGUUCAGGAAGAUUUGGAGAAGCCUGAUUGGCCCACAGCAGCAGACUACAGAGUCAUUGGAGAUAUAAAGUUACAGUGAAAUUCAAUCAGGUUCAGUGGUGUCAAUUCAACUAAUUAUGUUCUAAUCGGCUUGGGGAACAAGCGCAGAAUUUAAAGGGCACCUAUUAUGCAAAAUGUAUUGAGUGUGAAUAAAAAAAACACCCCUUUUCUUUCCCCAUUAAACCAGAGCAGUCUCAUCAGAUAUGCUGUUUUGAUCUCUUGUUGUUAAUGUGAUGUCACUCUGAUAAAGCCCCGCCCACGGCCAAUGCCUGAUUGGUUAAU